UAACCACUUUUAGCCGAAUUUAUUACCUCUACAUGUGGCUACUAUCAAUCUAAUGCUUCCAUAAGAAACAACCCAUCAAUAUUGCUUCUGUAGAAUAUUCUUGAAAACCUUACCAUGAAAACAGAUUCAUUGAAACCAAAACCAAAAAUGUAAAUAAGUAAUUAGAACCUAACUUUUUUUUUUUUAAUUUGUUCAAAAGAACCUAACUUUUUACACGCAAAAUAUGAGAGAAAAGACGAUACCAUAAACAAACAAUAGUCGCGUGGAGAAUAAUAGUAACAGCGCCAUUAUUCCCCCGUGGCACGGAACGUAAUUUUCUUAUAGGGGUAAAAAUGUCAUUCCAUAUGUGAUCGAGGGAGAUGUCUUGUUGCGCAAGCUAAAUGGAACUAACGGCACCGCUUGUAACCAACCGUUUAUAACGUUAGAGAGAGAGAGAGAGAGGACGACUCUGCUUUCUUCCACAUUUUCCCAAGAAAAACUUCUCUCUCUCUCACAUUUUCUCGCACUUUCUUUCCACUUGGAGAUGGCGGCGCAGGUAGAGAUCGAACUCGACAACGGCGAAAUUCUCGAUCCACUCUCCUCCUCCUCCUCCUCCGCCACCGACUCAACGAUUCUUCUCCGCGAAGGGAACCAAGAGCACGACGUCAUCACCACGUGUUUCCUCUCCGGCUUAGGCGCCACUCUCGCUAACGCCACCACGAUCGUCACUAUACGUAAGAAAUCCCCCAACGCGAUCACCACGAGAGCCAAGUCUCUAGCCUUUCGCAUCUUCACGGAAGCCAUGGCGAGGAAGAACAACGGAGAUCCCAACGUCAAAUACGGUUGGUACGCUGGCUCCAGAGAAGAUCUCGAACGUAUCGUCACGUACGGAUUCAGCAGCCGCGAGAUCGACGAUGAUUCUUCGUCUAACGGAAUCGGAAUCCAUCUCGUUCCUUCUAAGUUCUCCCUCUUCGCAGCGGAAGCUACAGAGGAAGACGAAGAAGGCUUAAGGCAUCUUCUCCUAUGCCGUUUGAUUCUUGGGAAGCCUGAGGAGAUCGGCUCCGGGUCUAAACAAGCGUAUCCGAGCUCGGUUGAAUUCGAUUCUGGUGUGGAUGAUGUGCAGAAUCCUAGAAAGUAUGUCGUAUGGAGCUCUACCAUGAACUCGUACAUCUUGCCUACUUAUAUCGUCGCUUUCAAGUCUCCUCGUCUCACAGUUAUACGUAACGGUGGCUCUCCGGCUAGACUGAGCUCGCCGCGGGUUAGUUUUGCUGCUCUGAUGUUGUCGCUGUCUAAGUCGAUGGAUACUUUUAGAAUGAACUUGAUCAUCAGAACUUACGAUGAUUUUAGGAAACGGAAGAUUCAGAGAGAUCAAUUGGUUCGGAAGAUGAGAGAAGUGGCUGGAGACAACCUUUUGGCUCAGAUUAUCAGAAACCACAGAGACAAAAACAAGGUCAGGGUUGUUUAACACAGGAGAAAGUUUUACACGUGUGAUGCGUAGAAUGGUGGGAUAGAAGUACACACGUCAUACACAUGCAUAGACAAAAGCUCAAUCAAUUGCGGAAACUAUAUCAAGAGUUUUAAAGCUUUUUUGUUUUGUUUUCUCCUUUCUGUUAGCUGUACAAACAGAGGAUCAUCCCUUUAUGAUAUGAACUUUGGGAAAUUUGUAAAGACCAUUCUUUCACGCAAUGAAGUUUUCUAAAUUUCCAGAAAUUAUCAGUCAAGUAACU